AUCGGCCGGAUAACUAAAAGACAAUGUCGUUAAAAGACGUACCUCUUAUGCGUUUAUGGACAAUGGCUGAUGAUGAGGCAUGAAGAUCGUACGUGGAAUGAGCUCGGGGUCUCGUUGGCUUCUGCAGAAACAAGAUAGUAAUGCCACAACAGACUUACGAGCCAUGGACUGGCUGAUAUCCUGAUGUUGAAUCUGCUGUGCCCUUGCAUCACCAUCCAUUCAACCGUUUUACCAGGACGACCACCUGCGAUACGUGUCCAGCAGAAACGAUUCCAACAAUUCGAGGCCAGUAUUUUUCAUCCGCCUGGGUAUACACAGCAAUGUGCUUGGUGACAGGAACACCUGUCUUCCAACUGCAUUUCACCAUAUAUGUAUAGGAUAGGAUACCUGUUGCAAUCUUGGGGGUCAUCAGAAGCUCCUAUUAGUACCCAAUACUCUUGCCAUUGGCUAAAUGGACAACAGCUUCUGCUAUCACCAUGGGCUGUCUCUACUUCACUCUCAUCCCUGUUGUUGUUAAUCAACAUCUCGUCCUCCCUCUAGCGAUUCAGCAUCUACACAACUCCCGAAGUCGUCCCAUUACGUCGGCAACGGCAAUCUACCUGCUGCAAUGGUCGUGAAAAAUGAUGGGGAGAUAUCAGUAGCUGAUGGCCUUUCUUAAAAAUAACAGCACAAAAAACUGCUGACCCAGCAGCUUUAUCCAACUGAAUGACGACGCUAUUUAUUAUCGAAAGGAAAAAGGUAACGAAUGGGGCACAAAGAGAAAAUGAAAUGCCCUGGACUGACGACGUGGUGUAGCACAGCUUUGUCGUAUAGGAGAGUUUAUUGUAAACAAAAUCCAACUCGUUGAAUCAAACGAAUAAAGAAAGCAAACAAGUUGGAAGCUUCCCAAGAACAAUUUGUAAAUGGCAGGAUAAAGCGAAAGAGCGAACCCGUUCGGUGGCGUCCGUGUUGACUGACAGGCGUCGUACCGUACAGUUAAACCUGUUAUAGGCAGGUAUUGCUGAUGGCCGUAUGGUAAUCUUUUCGAAUGGAUGGACAACAAGUGGACGCGUGCUACAGAUCCACGUACGCACAAGAUCGAAAAGAGCCAGCAGGAGGAAAACUUGGGCAAACCUCACGCUCAGAAGCUGUCGUCAACAUGGAUUCUAUUGCAACGCUCACUCCGAAACCAGGUUCAGAAGUUGAUACUGAGCUAGAGGAGGAGAUCCAAGGAGGAAUGGCGGGACCCUCAAGUCUGAGUGCCCAGCAUCAAAGACGAAGUUCAACUCGUUCGAUUAAACGGAGAAAGUUUGACGAUGAACUGGUCGAAUCGAGUCUCAAUAUGGGGGGUUCAGCUUUAACCCCUAUCCCUGUACGUGGCACACGAAGCCGAUUUUCAAUCAGUGUUGAUGAAGGAAUCACUUCAAGUUCAACAGUUGUACCUUCAAAUAGCAUGGUGAACUUGCCUUCCAUUUUGCAAGAAUCAAGAAGGAAAGCUAGUAAAGUCAAACAGGCUUUUCGAAGACCCAGGAGACCCAGGGCAUCUCAGCCAACAGCAACGAAAGAUCUUGGCCGUUGGAAACCAACAGAUGAUCUUUCACUUAUCACAGCAGUGCAGCAGACAGGAGAUUUACUUGCAGUUCACAGAGGUGUGAAAUUCUCAUGUCACUUCACCCUUAACGAAAUCACCGAACGUUGGUAUGCUCUCCUUUACGACAAAUCCGUCUCACGCUUGGCCUUGGCCGCUUUGAGAAACUUGCAUCCCCAAACUGUGGCGUCCGUUCAAUCUAAAGCACUGUACACUAAAGUCGAAGAACAAUUAUUAGCCACCACAUCGUCGACGAGUCAACCAACAUUGGAAACCUUUGAAAAACUUCUCCAAGACAAUGCAACCGUUUUUCACCCGGCUCGUACGGCUCAAGCUCUUCAAGCCCAUUGGCAACUUAUGAAGCAAUAUCACUUGCUACCUGAUCAAUCUGUUCAACCGCUCCCGAAGAGUGACCAUGUAGUAUCAUUUACGGAUGCCGAUGAAUUACUACGCGAUUCCGAAUUAGCUAGCACUGAGCGUGAUGAAGUUCUUGAAGCCGAACUGGCCCAAAACGAUCGACUGGCUAAAACGGAGAUUAAACAAUUGGAGAACGAGGUCGGACGCUGGCAAGUCCUCGUCGAAGCAGUAACAGGUAUCAGUCCUCCAGAUUUCGAUGCCCAGACACUUGCCGUGCUCCGUGGAAGGCUUGUUCGUUAUCUGAUGCGUUCCAGAGAGGUUACAUUUGGUCGAACAACAGCCGGAGGAACUGUCGACAUUGAUUUGUCCUUGGAAGGUCCAGCGUGGAAGAUCUCAAGACGCCAGGGUGUUCUCAAACUGAGAGCUUCGGGUGAAUUCCUUAUUAGUAACGAAGGGCGCCGACCAUUCUUUGUCGACGGUAAACCUGUCCUACCCGGCAGCCGUAACAAAUUGUCUAACAAUUGUGUCUUAGAGAUUGCCGGACUGAAAUUUGUGUUCCUCGUCAAUCAAGAGUUAAUCAAUGCUAUCCGCACCGAAGCUGCUCGGGGUAACGCCCCGAUUUGAUAAACAAAUCGCAUACGAACAAAAAGAGCAAGAAUUGCAACAGCUUCCGACGCUUCCUUCACCAGACUCUGUUAAUUCGAUGCGAUUCGCUAGCCGUGCAAUGUAAUACAAGUUGUGAAUUCCCGUA